AUGGAGGAAGUCGAUCUUGAAUACUCAGCACCUCAACGUUUCGACGUUCCCAAAUCUAUAAUUGUCUUUCUUAAGAAGAGUGUUCCAUUUGAAGACUCUUUUAAAUGGAUUAUUUCUGCUGAAAACCAAGCAGAUUUUUGGAAUAGAGUCAAUAAUCUUCCUUCAAGCAUUUCAUUCGAAGCUCAUAAAUUAUGUGCUCAUGUUCAGCUUUCUGAUGCAGAAUUCCCUCAAGCAGCUCUAAGCCCAAUGAUAGAACAAUUCUGGUUUGCACAUCAGCAAUCAAUAGACGUAAUUCCAUUUACUCCAAAAGAAAGAAUGAUGAACGUAGCUACAUCACAGAUUGUUAACGAUAUUUUGUCCCAAGAUGAAAAUUGGAAAUUCGAAAAUCAAUCUUGGAUAUACAAAAACGAGUUUCAAUUUGAUAUGGUUCCACUUCUACUUGCAUGUGAUGCAUAUUAUCAGAACUCAAGACCAUGGCUUUUCCUUCAAUAUCCUCAAUUACGCGAAUUAUAUAUAACAAUCGACGAUUUUCUUCUUCAAGCAGAUCCACGUUUAUCAUUAGUUGUUACUAGACUAUAUUCUUACCUCAGAGAUCUCAAAAUUGAAAAUGUGUCAGAAUUUCUUUCUUUAAUUGAGAAAUAUCCUGAAUUCGAAUUCGAAUUACCCGAAAUAGAACUCGAUAGCGAACUUCUACAGUCAUUAUCCAACUUAUUUGUUGAAAUGAAGAAAAUUCUUUGGGAAUUGAACCUUCCUCCAGUUUUAGACCACCCAACCCAAUGGGAAGGUGUCAUAGGAGACGCUCUGGCCAACCAAAUGACCCUCAGUAUUGGUGACAGAGCUUUAUUUGUCAUGACUCCUUUAGGAUUGGCCGCAAGACUCGGUUCAGAGCAAAAGGACGCUUUCGAUGAAUAUUCCUUGGCCGAUAUGAUGUUCUCCAAUGGAGAUCAGGAAGCUUUACCCCUUGGAUACAUGAAUGUCACUUCUGAAGUGCCAAAACACUCCCCGGAACAGUUUAUUACGCAGUCAUUUGAGGCAUUCAUAGCACAGAACUUGGUCCAGGAAGGUUUUGAAAAUGUUCAAGAGCCAUCUGUCCAAAUUUUGGUAGAUGUGCUCAAGAAUGAGCUGAAAACUAUUUGUGAUUUGGCUAGAACAAGAACGAACCGUACUCAUGAAUCUCCUGAAGCAUGUAUUAACGCUGUCUUGUAA